GAGGCGCGGCUGCCAUGGUGGGCUCCUGGCUAUAUGGAGCUGCCCGUGCCGCGUCGGCAGCCGCCAUCUGGCUGGCACUUCCAGGCGUGGGAGCCCCCCCACGGUCGCGGCAGGGUGCCGGAGGUGUGGCUCGUCCCGUUGCAUCACCCUCGCUUCGACGGCCGCCGCGACCCGUUCGCGAUCCUGAUGAUCUGGGCGGAGCCGCUG